AUGGCUCCGCACGGUACAAGGUAUUGCGUACCUGUUGGAGUGAAGAUUAAUAUUCAAUGGCUGAAUAAUACAAAAGGCUUGACCAGGCAAGGCCGGUGCCAUCUCAAGACAAUCACGACUCACGACUCGAAGCUCACCAGCCUUGUUCCUGGGAGCGGGAACAGGCCGCAGGCCCAUGAACCAGCAUCUCAGACUCGCGUGCGGAGCGCUCAUCCGUAUUAG